AUGGUCAUGGAGUCCGAGCCACAGCCUAGUAAUAAUGGACAUGAACCUCAAAAUACCACAACCACUAUCACCUACCAGGCGGGGCUGGCUCCACCAGGUGGUCUCUGGCCAGAUAGCCAGCAAGGCCACCUUGCCAGUUACAUUGUCAUGCUACAUAGCUACGUCAAGCGGUACAAGUUUUUCUUCUACUGCAACGCAAUAGCAUUCAUGGCAUCACUCAUUGUUCCGAUCCUGCUCCUGGUCAGGGAGCUGAGCCGGAAUGCAAUUUGGCUUCGUUCGCUGCAGUUUGCAAUGUUGGUUAACCUGCUGGGACUUAUGGGGGCCUAUGCUGCUGGGAGCUGCAGGGAGCGCCUGAAUGGCUCCGAGACAUAUUCAGGAAUAUCCAGAGCAACAGUGACAUAUACUGCAGGGCUAAGUCCUCCGGGUGGCUUCUGGCCUGACAACAAUGGUAGCCACAUUGCCGGUGACCCGGUGCUUCAAGAUCACUACCCCCGCCGCUUUAAGGCAUUUAUGGCCUGCAAUUCAACUGCCUUUUCUGGAUCCCUUGUCAUCAUCAUCAUGCUCCUCAGUAAAGCGGGAGUGAAUCACAUUUCCAAGUCAAACGUACUUCGGUUGUGGGUUCUGAUUAGCCUGCUUGGCCUUAUGGCUGCUUAUGCUGCAGGGAGUUGCAGGGAAGUCCGUACGUCUAUAUUUGUGUUCUCGCUUGUCGGUGCGUUCCGGCUCUACCUCAUCAUUCAAUGGGUCGCUCCUAUGGUGCCCAAGCCAGGAUUUAUCAGGGAGUGGAUCAAGUGGAUGGAAGGAGAGCAGAAUAAGCUGAUGUUGAAGGUAAACUCCUUUAUGGACAGUUGCAGCAGAUCCAGUGGGCAGGUGACACCAUUAGAGUAUGAUAGGCAACAUUCAUACAACAAUGAUGCAUCAAACACUGUUAGUAAUGUGAAAGAUGACUUGGGGAAGUUGCGCACAUACCUUUUAUUGCUUGGCAUCCUUGCUGUGACUAUUACAUACCAAGCUGGGUUGCACCCCCCGGGCGGGUUUUGGCCAGACAGUCGAGAUGAGCAUCUUGCUGGAGAUCCAAUCCUAGAGGCCAUCCAUCCCAUGUGGUACAAAACAUUCUUCUACUGCAACGCCACUGCAUUCGUCGCAUCAUUGGUUAUCAUCACCCUACUCCAGAGCCAGCUAAUCACCAUAGGUGCCAUGAGACGAUAUGUGCUGCAGACAGCCAUGGUUUUUGACCUCUUCAGUAUAAUGGGGGCAUAUGCUGCUGGCAGCAGCCGGGCUUUAUCCACAUCAAUCUAUGUGAUAAUCUUAGUCAUCCUUGUUUUCUCUUAUGUUGUGCUCCAUAGUGUGCUAUUUGUGGACGCAAGAGUUCCCGAUGAAUCAGCUCAGCAGCAAGAUGAUAACCCUGAAGUGAAAGAUUUGGAGAAGCGGCGCAAGUUUCUAAUGAUGCUUGCAAUUCUGGCAGAAUCCAGCACAUACCAAGCUGGUAUAAGUCCACCUGGUGGCUUCUGGGCUGACAACAGAGAUAGCCACGAGGCAGGUCACCCAUUGUUCAGUGAUGAGUUUCCACGCCGUUACCAGGCUUUCAUCUACUUGAAUUCCACUGCUUUCAUGGCAUCAUUGGCUGUAAUUAUGCUGCUUAUUAGUAGAAGGCUGUGCCACAAGGGAUUGCAGGGGUACACACUGCGUGCAUGUGUGCUACUAGAUCUGAUCAGUCUCAUGGGUGCUUUUGCCACUGGAAGCUGCCGAAAAGUGUCAGUGUCGGUUUAUGUCAUUCUAGUCUUGGCUGCUGUCUUUGCGUGCAUCAUGAUUCUAGUUCUGGUUCUGACUUUUGCAAAAGAUAAGGUGAUCAACUUCUUUAACUGGAUGUUUCACAUCACUGCUUUCAAGCGUCCGAAUCCACCCAAGAAUCAUGAUAGAAGCAUCAAAGUAAACAAAAAAACUAGCCAAAAAUGGCGUAAAGACUUGAUGCUGAUUGGAACUUUCACAGUGUCCGUUACGUACCAAGCUGGGCUCCUUCCUCCAGGUGCCCUUUGGCCUGAUGACCGCGAUGGCCAUUUCACAGGUGAUCCAGUCAUCCAUGAUACCCAUCCGAUACGGUAUAAGGUAUUCUUCUACUGCAACGCCACGGCGUUCAUGGCAUCGAUGGUUAUAGUCAUCAUGCUGCUGAACAGCACAAUAAGUAAGUACAAGAGGUCUCUACUUGCAAUGAAAACAGCAAUGGUGAUGGACUUGCUUGGUCUGCUCGGGGCGUAUGCUGCAGGCAGUUGUAGGAACUUGAAAACGUCGGCAUAUAUUUUCGCACUCGUCAUUGCUGUCUUCAUCUAUAUUGUCAUUCACAUUUUUCUGUCGUUCGAUAAAAUGGCACGAUUGGUAAGGACUAUGGGAGAACAAUGGAUGCCAUGCCUGACGAAGAUAUGGGUACUCAUUGAAAUUGAACCUUCAAACCAUGACCCAUCUACUGAACAACCUUGAGAGAUGCUUCUAGCUGUGCAUCUUAACUCUUUCUGUACAAUUUAUUCAAGUUUCUGUGGUUAUGCUAAGAAUGUAUUUUCUCCACUUGUUUAAGUUUGAGAAUUUUCAAUCUUUCAAGACAUAGUUUUGCACCAAAUAUG